GAAUAGCGGUCUCCUUUAUCGGGAUGAGGACGAUCUCACGCAUUCUUCGUCCAAUAUGAGACUCCUCGUUUUACACCGCAAUAGAGGGAGUGCCGGAUAAAUCCUAUGUUCUUGCGACAGUUGUCUGCGCAUUGUUGGACAUGCGUGGACCGGUUACUGUAGCGAGAUUAGCUUCUUGGAAACCGAAUCCCCAAUCUCGGGCAUCGUAACUGCUUCUUUGAUGCCAUGUUCCUGUAUGAGCUUCGCCGGUCAGAGAAACCAGGUGUCUAAUACAAAAAAACUCCCGCGUGUCGACUCUCCCAUCGUCAUUCACGCAAUCCCUUCAUUACCCCUCGCGUAUCACAGUUGAAAGGUACCCUUGAAAGCCUGACCUUCAGCUUUCCCCUCUCCCUCGUUCUCUCCCUUCUCCUUCUCCGUCCGGGUGCUGGAAUGGUAACGACCUAAUGGCCCACUCUCAAACAUCGACGCUUCAAGAGAAGUAUACGGCCACGAAAGUGAGGUCUAUUCAAAGUGAUAUCGCGGCCUCUGGGGUACAGCAAGAACCUGCAACAUCGCGCCCUGUGCCGCUGGAUGGACAGGCUACUGUGAACUAUCUUACAUUGGCUGGAGCUUGGAUGGUGCAGUUUUGCACCUUUGGAUAUGUCAACGCAUUCGGAGUCUAUCAAGAUUUCUAUACUCGCCAGUUCCUCUCCAGGAGCUCGCCUUCUGAGAUUAGUUGGAUAGGGAGCCUUCAAUUGUUUCUGAUGUACGCGCCUGGAUUACUCGUCGGGCAUGCAUUCGAUAGUGGUUACUUCCAUCACCUGGAGAUAUGUGGAGCGAUCAUAUACGUUUUGUGCAUAUUCAUGCUCUCGUUGACGCACCAGGAUACAUACUGGCAGGUCUUUCUUGCGCAGGCAGUAGGCAUGGGUGUAGGCCUCGGCAUGACGUUCUUGCCGUCCAUAAGUGUCGUCUCUCACCACUUCAAGGCUCACCGUGCGCUCGCCAUCGGCAUUGUCGCCACAGGUGCAUCUGCAGGUGGGAUCGUCUUUCCCAUCAUGCUCAAUCACCUAUUCCAGAAUCCUCGCAUGGGGUUCACCGGAGGUGUGCGUGUCAGCGGCGCGGUUGUUGGCGUAAUGCUACUUUGCGCAAAUGCGUUAAUGCGGACGAACUAUCCGCCGCAUUCGUCAAAGCCCCCACUCACUUGGACCAUCUUCAGGCGGAUAGUUUGGGACGGCGCGUACCUAUGGUCUAUACUGGGCGCGUUUCUCACCAAUCUGGGAAUGUUCAUACCGUUCUUCUAUUACCAGCUAUACGCCAUCGACAAAGGGAUUAGCCAGAGUCUAGCAUCUGAUUGUCUUACCAUCAUGAAUGCAGGUAGUAUUGUCGGACGAUUGUUGCCUACCGCUCUCGCAGACAAGCUUGGAGUCUACAACAUCAUGAUACCGUCAAUGCUCACCUCCGCUGCCGUCCUUUUCGGUAUUUUUGGUGUCCAUAAUGGCGCUGGCGCUGUGGUUGUGGCGGCUUUCUUCGGUUUCUCCACCGGUGCUUACAUUUCAUUAAUUCCGUCCUUGCUUGCCAUGAUGUGCAAGGACAUGAGCGAACUUGGCGUCCGAAUGGGCAUGGCUUUUUCCCUGGUCGCUGUUGCCAAUCUUGUCGGGAAUCCGAUCGCGGGCGAACUUCUAGGUAAAUCACACCAUGAUGACAGCUCGUUGACUUGGUGGAAAGCUCUCGUCUUUGCUGGGGUCUGCUUAUGUUGCGGUGUGCUUUGUAUGUCGACGUCGAAGUUAUUAUUCGCCGGACAGAAAGCUCGGCGGCUGCAGGCACCUGCGUAAUGCUUAAUUCCACUCGUCUUAUUGCGACGAUCUUUGAGCUACAUAUUUCUGGUCAUCUCCAGUUAAAAAUUUUGGUUGCAGUUCUUGACCUCAUAGACAUCUCAUUCACACGAAUCAUGUAUUCUACUGUACAACAGCUAAUUAGGUAUGCCAUGAAUGCCCUUUC